AAAGAUAAUAAUCAAUCGGAAGAAAUUUUUUUCCUCUCUUGUAUUCUGUGUCACUGAAUCAUAAGACGUUGGCGUGAACUUUCUAAGAGCAAUGAGUAAAUAAUCAUCAAAUAUUUAAAAAAAUGUACUCAAGAUGUUAUUUGAAUGGAAAAAAGAUGUUAUUUGAAUGAAGUGAAAGUUGGAUAAAUUUCUUCAUAAAAUGUACCAGCGCCUUUGAUGAAUCGUAUAUACUUCCCACUGACUGAACACAUUUCUCAUUAUUCUGAAUAUUUGAACCUGUUGAUUAUUUUGAACGUCUAAUCAUGACUGAUAGCGAUAACCAGCCAAUUACCCCUCAAGAAGAAGAAGCUAUUAAACAGCUGAAAUUGAGAAUGCAAGAUGAAAUGAAACCGGAAUAUCUAAAGGAUGAGUCAAUGUUCCUCAGGUUUCUUAGAGCUCGACAGUGCAAUCUCAAUAAGGCCGAAGACAUGCUGAGAAAUCAUGUACAAUGGAGGGAAAAGAAUGAUAUAGAUCAUAUUGAUAAUUACAAGCCUCCUGAGGUAGCAAAGUAUUUUCCAAUGAGCUUAAUCGCUUUCAGCAAAGAAAGAAACCCCGUUCGUUACCUCAAUUUUGGCAACAUGGAUGCUAAAGGUCUGCUGAAAUCGGUGAAAAAGAACGAUUGCAUAAAAUCUGUUGUAAAAGAAUUAGAAUCUGAUGUACAAACAAUGAAGCAACUAAGCAAAACGACGGGGAAGAAUAUAAAUAAGUGGAUUUACAUUUUUGACUUCGACAACUACACAUUUGCCAAAGCAACACAUAAGCCCACUGUUCAAAUGCUUGCUUAUCUGAUGAUGACAUACGAAGCUCAUUAUCCUGAAAGGUUAAAGAAAGCUUAUAUUAUAAAUGCUUCUGUGUAUUUCACAUUACUCUUCAGUGUAGUAAAACCUUUGUUUACGGGAGCGACGCUCAGCAAAAUUAGCAUUUUUGGAAAAGAAGGAUGGAAGGAAGAACUUCUCCAGCACGUCGAUCCGAAGGAACUGCCUGCUUUUCUGGGAGGAGCAAGAGUGGAUCCGGAUGGGAACCCCAAGUGCCCUUCAGUAGUGAAUCUUGGUGGAUUGGUGCCUCCUUCCUAUUACCUUCGAAGUUCUAAUAAAAGGUUAUGUCAUCAACCUGGGGUGAAAAAAUUACAAGUAUCCCGAAUGUCUAAAGUGAACAUAACCCUUGAUGUGGAGGAACCGGGUUCACACAUCGAAUGGGAAUUCGAAACAGAGAACAAAGACAUUGGUUUCGGACUAUAUUUUCAAUCCAUCGAUACUCUACAAGAGAAACAAGAUAAACUCCAAGAACUCAUCCCCAAGCAACGGGUGGAGGCACAUAUGGCAUGCGAAACGGGCAUGUUUCAAUGCGAAAUUCCAGGAACAUAUAUCUUGAUGUUUGAUAAUACCUACAGUUGGCUUCAGCAAAAAGAAAUAUUUUUCAGGGCUAUUGUAGUCAGGCCAACAGGUGAAAAAAUAUCUGUUUUGCAGUAAAAUCUUAAUUAUUCAUUUCAUCAAGACUUUUGCAGUGAAGUAAUUGGUCUCUGUUGUUUAUGUAAUUAUUUUCCCGAUAUCACUUCAACUAAUGAAAAUAUUUUCAUGAAAAUAUUUUCAUGAAAAUAUUCAAUAUAUAAAUUAACUUUUGCAACUAUAUUGGCCUUCGGUGCAACUACCUCCAAAUUCUUCAUUUUUGCUUAAUUUUUGAAUCGCGAAAGUCAGAGAAAAUAUUGAAAUUCCAACUCAGCGUAUUUGAUUUUCAUCAAUGUUAAUAUAAUGUUUCAUUUGAUAGUCAUGAUUAGCAAUUGGCAGCUUUUAUGAAGAAGAAAACUAAAGGAAUAGUACUUAGAUACAGUUUAACUGCGUCAAAUGAUAAAUAUAAAUUAUUGACUUGGAUGUUUUUGAUAAAAUAAUAAUAAUAAUAAUAAAUACUGAAGGAAUCAUACAAAUUGCGAAAUAAAAUAAACUUUUUAAAAAUAUUUUUUUUACCCAAAUUAUUUGGAAUUAUCUUUUUGAAAGCAUUAACCCAUUCACGGACAAUUUUAAAAUGUGGAUAAAACGAGCAAUGUUAUGUUUAUCUUCUGGAUUAAAGUGACUUUCUUUAAAAAUACAUACAGAGCAAUAUCCUGGUGAAUUUCAGAAAUGAAAGAACACAUUUCUGCAUUUUUUUUAAUUGACUGGUAUAGCCUUCAUUUGUAUUUAUGGUGCAGUUAAGUCACAUACAUGCAAAUUAGUUAUAACCGAUUAUCCGUGAAUGUGUUAAAUGAGGUAUCAUUGUAGAUGUGUUAUUUGAUGUCAACAUCCAUUGGGAAAUUUUGAUACAUUUUUACAGAUGAUGCACUUAUAAUGACUUAUACAAAAUAUUAUUCCAGAAAUAUUUUUAACAUAUUUCUGUUACGUUACUUUCUUAUAAAUAUUGCAUAAUUCAGUAUGUAUGUAUAGAUAUUCAUUUACAUUUUCGAAGAUAUCAAACCCUCGUAACUUGUAAUAUACCAAUUACUCAAGAUCAUACUUGAAUCUCUUUCUAUAUUAAUCCCAAAAAUGUUUCAAAAAUUCAAUUGAAAAUUUAAACAUAUUGAACAAAAAUUCGAAUAAAUGUUACUCAAUUUUUACGUAUUUUAAUGAAUUAAUGACACUAAAAUGUUUCAGCGUUUUAUUUUCAGAUUUAAUGUUUUAACAUACAUGAUAUUUUUGAUGAAGAAUAAUUUUGCAUUUUGUAAACAUUCCUUUUAUUGUGUAUUAAGAGUGGACUCAAUUGUUUAUUCUGUUUUAUAACGACGAAUUAAGAAUGGGUUCAAUUAAAGACCCCGUUUUAUUAUUGAGAAAUAAGAAUGUAUUCAAUCGAAAACUCUGUUUAAAUGUGGAUUGAGAAUAUAUUAAACUGAAAUUGAUGAGAACUGAUAUUCUACUCGUAACAGCAAUAUUAUAAGUAAAUUUCUAUUAUUUAUUUGCUUAAUUUACAAAUGGUUUUAAUUUCUUAUGAUCUUCGGUUUUCACGAAAGAAAAAGCAUAUCGUAGAUGCUUACAAUAAAAUAUUUUCUAAUUCUGUAUGAGAUACAUUUCAUAAAACAUUUAUUUGUAUUCAACUUUCAUCGGAGCCUAUUUGCUUUGUACUAGAUCCCAUUUUAUGUCAUAUGUAAGGCAUAUUGUUAUAUAUUUGUAUGUUUUUGUGUGCUGGGGAUUUUUGCUGUCAUUCAUUUUAUCAGUGUAUUUUCAGUUAGCAUACUUGUGACACUUGUAACUUUUAUCUGUCGUGUUUUGUUCUGAUAUUUUUCAAUAGUGUCAGUGUAA